GGGAAAAUAAAAUAGGGAACUAGGGUUUACAUAGUAGCGACUAGUGAAGCGAUUCCGAUUGAAAUACUUAAUACCUCCAGAUUCCGAUAGCUAUGGCCGGAGAAGCUUCGAGCAGCCACCCAAAAAGGCAACGAGUUUCUUCCAUUGUUGAAGAAGAAGGCGAAAAUGGUGGAGGACAUUCAGUGGCGCGAUCUGGGACAUUGUUCGAGCUAGAUCUUCUCGAUUGUCCCAUUUGUUGUAACGCACUCACAAUGCCUAUCUUUCAGUGUGACAAUGGACAUAUAGCUUGUUCUUCUUGUUGUACUGAACUGAGGAACAAAUGCCCUUCCUGCACUUUGCCUAUUGGUAACUAUCGGUCUAGAAUAAUGGAGAGAGUUGUUGUAGCAGUCAUUGUCCCAUGUCCCAUUGUCGCCGAAGAAGCAUCGAGUAGCCGCCGAAAGAGGCAACGAGUUCCCUCCAUUGUUGAAGAAAAAGGCGAGAGUGAUGGAAGAGAUGUGGUUGUGCAAUUUGGAACGUUGUUCCAGCUAGAUCUUCUCGAUUGUCCUGUUUGCAGUAACGCACUCACGAUUCGUAUCUUUCAGUGUGACAAUGGACAUGUAGCUUGCUCUUCUUGCUGUAGGAAACUGAGGCACAAAUGCCCAUCCUGCUCUUUGCCUAUUGGUAACUACCGAUCCAGAAUAAUGGAGAAAGUUGUCAAAGCAGUCAUUGUCCCUUGCCCAAACGCCAAACAUGGCUGCACCGAGACAUUCUCUUAUGGAAAAGAGUUAGUCCAUGAGAAGAAAUGCAGCUUUGCUCUGUGCUAUUGUCCUGCACCAAAAUGCAACUACAGCGGUGUGUACAAGGAUCUCUACAGUCACUACGCUGCUAAGCACAAGGACACUUACCAUCGUUUCAGCCUAGAAGAAGAAAAUGAAGAAGAGGAAGCUGAAGAAGAAGAAGAUGAAGAGGAAGCUGAAGAAGAAGAUGAUGAAGACUAAGAGGAGGAAUGAUCAUAUCAUUUCCGUUGUUGGUCGUUUUGUUUGUAUAACCUUCUAAUGCAUUUCAUAUCACUCACCUGCCGAAAUUCUCAGUCUCUCUUUUGUUGUCCUAUUUACCUUAGUUAUGCUUCUGAAGGACUAGGUUUGAUUCUUCUAACUUUCUCUGAUGAAUCACAUUUGGUGAGAUCGUUUUUGCUAGUCUAAGAAAUUUUUUUGUCAGGA